UUUCUAAAGUUAUGCACAUAUGCUAAGAUUUUAUAUAAAAGUAUUCGUUUGAUCUCCCAAAUAGAAAUAAUAUAAACAAAGUUUUUAAGAUUAACAAGAAAAUAUUUUUAAUUGGCAAAAUAUUUUCAACAAAGAAAUGAUUGAGUGAUUUAAGUACAAAAAAAAAGAAAAAGAUUAUUAACUACAAAUUGAGGUUGAAAAAAUUAAAAAAAUGAAUAAAAUUAUUUUAUUUAUUUACCUUACUUCGUUUAUAUGUUUAUCUUAUCAAAAUCCGACUAUAUCUGAUAUAUCACCAGAACAAAUUCAUGAAAUUGGAGAAAACGCAACUUUGAAUUGUACUGUAGAAAAUGUUGACAACUAUGCUGUAACAUGGGCUAAAGUACAAGAAUCUGGUUCUGUUGUCUUAUCAUUGAGAGAAAGCUUGGCACUACCUGAUAAAAGAUAUUCGAUUAAAGUAAUAAAUGCAGAUGAUAGUAAGAUAUAUUCAUUUGGAAUAAAUGCACUUGAAGCUAGUGAUAGUGGUGCAUAUGAAUGUGAAAUUAUUAUAUCGACAACUUCACAAAAAAUGAAAAGAAGUGUUAAAUUAUUAAUAAAGCACCCACCGUAUAUACCAGAUAAUUUGAUUCAAAAUCCGUAUACAAUAACUGAAGGCUCCAAAGGAGAAAUAACAUGUCAGGCUGAAGGAUUUCCAAAACCGUCCAUAACUUGGAGAAGAGAGAAUGAUGCAAUUAUGCCUGGUGGUGGAAAUCAUUUUGAAGGAAACACGUUAAAAUUUAAUUCAGCGCACCGAUAUGAUCGUGGUACAUAUUUCUGCAUUGCAGAUAACGAAAUAGGUACACCCUCCAAAAAGCCAAUUCAAAUUGAGGUAGAAUUUAAGCCAGUAAUUACAACUCCAGUGCCAAAAGUUGGUCAGGCAAAGAACUAUGCCAUAGAACUAGAAUGUGAUGUUGAAGGUUUUCCUGCUCCAGCAGUAUCAUGGUACAGGAAUGAUAAACAAUUGCAAAGUACAGGAAAUUUCUGGAUUACAAAUAAUGCCGCAAAGCACGAUAUAACCAAUUCCGUUCUACGCAUUUCUUCUGUUGGAGAACCGGAUUAUGGGGAUUAUAUUUGUAAAGCUGAAAAUAAACUUGGAAACUCAGAAGCUCGCGUCACUUUAUUUGGACCAAGGAUACCAAAUAUUCAUUUUCAUGCAUUAAUUUCAUCUGGAUCAACCAGUUGCAGCAUUUAUAAUUAUAAAAUAUUUUUAAUUACCAUGACAAUUCUGUGUUUAUACAAGAUUAUGUAAUAUGAGAUUUAAUAGCAUAACUUUUUUUAAUUUUAAUAUUAAUUUUAUGAUUAAAGAGUGAAAUUAAUUGAUUAUAAUUUACUU